GGCUGUGUGGUGCUAAGCCCAUCUAUGCCCCAAUCAGCUUCUCUUUUGGCAGUUUUGGCGGGACAUCGCCGAUUCAGCUGAUGAACGUGUCAUCCAUGCCGGUUUCUUCAGCACGCUUACUCGGGCAGCUCCAGAUGCCAGUCUUUACAUAACAAUGGAGACCGAGUCUGGUGGUAUCCCACCACGCCGCCGAGUUCCGAAGCUAGGCCACAAGAAAUCCAUGUUUGGUUGCCAGCGAUGUCGUGCUAGAAGGGUAAAGUGUAACGAGGAAAAGCCCAUCUGCCAUAACUGCAAGCGGCAUGGUCUUCCCUGCAACUAUGAUCGCGAUACAUUCGCGAAGAAGGUAUCCACAAAGCCGGCAGCAACUCAGCUAUUUGUCGACGGGCCUGAGCAAAAUGACCCGCCGGAAGGUCGAUCACGUCGGAUGCUGGAAGCAAAGUUGAUGCAUCAAUAUGUAACUGAGACGGGGAUGACAAUUGCAGCCGAUGAGCAUUCGUCAGAUUAUUAUAGCCAGCUGAUCCCAAAGCUUUCGUUUCACUCCGACGCGCUGCUAUAUUCAAUGUACUGUCUCGCUGCGCUGAAUAUAGCGAGAGUUUACGGAGACAACGAACUGGAAGACGGCGCCGAGAAUGUCGCUAACAGAUAUUUCUCGAUGGCUGUUCGAGAGCACAACAAAGAGAUAUUCCAAGUCAACAAGAACACGACAGACAUAGUCUGUUUAACAUCCUGCCUGAUGCGAGCAGCGACGCUCAUUCAAUUGCAUAAUCGAAACCGGGAGCCUUACACACCCCCGUGGCAGUGGCUAGCUCUAACUCGCACUUCAACUGCCACAUUUGUCGAAGCAUACCAACUAAUUGGCCCAGAUCCCAAUUCCGUAGCGUUCCAACUGAUCAGGGCAAAUUCACACCUCCAUGACAAAGGAAAUCUGCCGCAACGUGGGGACAUCCAAAGAUUGCAGCAUCUAAUGGAUCGCUCCAAGAAACUCAGUGUGGGCGAAGACUGGGAUUCGGAAAUUCAAGAUGGAUAUGAGCGUACACUUACCUAUAUAUGCAAUGCGAUGAAGCUCAUGGAAGCUGAAGGAUCAUCGGGCAAUCUCUUACGAAUGCUGCUUAUGUUCCCGAUGUUAGCAGACGAGAGAUAUGUCAAGCUAGUGAAAGAAGCAUCCCCGAGAGCUUUAGUGAUACUAGCCCACUUCUUCGCACUGCUUGCAAGGUAUAACGACGUUUGGUGGGUUGGAAAUGUAGCGGCUGAUGAAGUCCAUGGGAUUGCCAACACACUGCCUGAGGAAUGGCAGUACCUACUUCUAUGGCCAUUGGAGAAAAUAAAACAAUGGGCUACGGAUUUUCCAAAGCGAACGCACUCGAAGAUUUCACCAGCUCGGCCCUUUAAAGCAGUCCAAAAGUAGGCAGACUUUAGCGAUUUCGUCCUCGUUCUCGCUCUCGUCCUCGCUUAUAUAGCCGACGAAUCCACUCUCAGCGCUGAAGUUGAAUGGCUUCAACAACAUCCCACCCCGGACAUGAAAAUAUCAUGAUC